UACGAAGGCUGUUGAUCGAAGAAAAUUGAAUCCGACUAACAAACACAGAAGUAGGAAGUUGGUGUUUUGAGGCUGUUUGUGAAAAUGUGAUUGGUAGAUUACUUAUUUUUACACAGAUGGAAACACAUUAUAUCUUCAUGUCCAUCAUAUGAAAAUUUCUGAGAAUGGCGUGAUUGAGCUGCCUCAGAAGGCAUGACCAAGCGUUUUGAGUUCAGCUGGCAUAUCCCAGUGCCAGAGCCACUGUUACAAGGGUGUUAUUUUGAACGGUGGACAGAGGAAAAGGAAAAUAUAGAAUACGAAUCAAAGUGUCUCUUUAGGGUGGAUGAAUAUGGAUUUUUCAUCUACUGGAAGAGUGAGGCUCGUGAUGGUGAUGUCAUUGAGCUGUGUCAAGUAAGCGACAUUCGUGCAGGUGGACUUCCAAAGAAUGAGAAGCUGAAUAACACCCUGAUGAAGUUGGGAGACAAUGUGGAAGAACGGUCACUCACCAUUUGCAGUGGAACUGACUACAUCAACAUUAAUUAUCAGCAUGUAGUUUGUCCAGAUGUAGAGACUGCAAAGGCCUGGUUACAGGGUAUCAGGAAAAUCACGCACAAUGUAAAGGCAAAUAAUGUAUGCCCCAUGACGUGCUUGAAGAAGCACUGGAUGCGCCUAGGAUUCCUUACUGACCCAAAGGGCAAAGUACCUGUUAAGGUUGUGGCAAGAACUUUUGCAUCAGGCAAGACAGAGAAAUUGGUGUAUCAGUGUUUGUCAGAUCUUGGGCUUCCCAGUGGAAAGAACGAUGGAAUAGAACCUGAAGACUUCACUUUUGAUAAGUUCUAUGACCUGUAUCAUAAGAUCUGUCCAAGAAAUGAUAUAGAGGAGCUCUUCCAGUCCAUUACACAGGGUAAAACAGAGACGAUCAGUGUGGACCAGUUCAUCUUAUUUCUAAAUGAAAAGCAGAGAGAUCCACGAUUGAAUGAAAUAUUGUACCCAUUGUACGAUGAGAAAAGGGCUGCAGAAAUCAUCACUACUUAUGAACAGGAUGAGCAAGCUCGCACUGAACGGAAACUGACAAAGGAUGGUUUGAUUCGCUACCUAAUGUCUGAUGAAAAUGCACCUGUAUUUCUGGAUCGCCUUGACAUUUACAUGGAUAUGGACCAACCUUUAUCUCACUAUUACAUCAACAGUUCCCAUAAUACCUACUUAUCUGGCCGCCAGUUUGGUGGAAAGUCUUCCGUUGAGAUGUAUCGCCAGGUUCUUCUGGCAGGCUGCAGGUGUGUGGAGCUUGACUGCUGGGAUGGUUUGGGAAAAGAUGAAGAACCAAUCAUCACUCAUGGGAAGGCAAUGUGUACAGACAUAGUCUUCAAGGAUGUGAUUUAUGCACUUCGUGACACAGCAUUUGUGACAUCAGACUUCCCAGUCAUACUUUCAUUUGAGAACCACUGCUGCAAGGGACAACAGUACAAGCUCGCCAAAUAUUGCAAUGACAUCCUUGGAGACCUGUUGUUGAAAGAACCCCUGCCUGAAAGUCCUCUGGAGCCAGGUGUUCCACUGCCUUCUCCCAACCAGCUCAAGCGUAAGAUUCUCAUAAAAAAUAAGCGUCUGAAAUCAGAUGUGGAGAAAGCAGAAUUGGACCUGUUCAUGCAGGGGCAGUUUGUUAUUGAGGAUGAGGAAAAAGAAGAUGCAUCUGCUCCGAUGAUGGAAAAGAAAGAGGAGCCAGCUGAAGGUGCAGAUGGUGUCGUUAUACCGGAAGAUGUUCCAGUACAAAUACCGUAUACAGGCUCCACAACCAAUGUUCAUCCAUGGCUCUCAUCAAUGGUUAACUAUGCUCAACCAAUCAAGUUCCAAGGCUUUGAUGUUGCAGAACAAAAAAAUAUCCAUCACAACAUGUCUUCUUUUGCGGAGACAGCUGGUCUAGGUUACCUCAAGUCUCAAGCAAUUGAAUUUGUCAAUUACAACAAGCGACAGAUGUCUAGGAUCUACCCCAGAGGCACGAGAGCUGAUUCUUCUAACUAUAUGCCUCAGGUGUUCUGGAAUGCUGGCUGCCAGAUGGUGUCACUGAACUUCCAGACACCUGACCUGCCCAUGCAGUUGAAUCAAGGGAAAUUUGAAUACAAUGGUAACUGUGGGUACUUGCUGAAGCCAGACUUCAUGAGGCGGGCUGAUCGUAGUUUUGAUCCAUUUGCAGAAUCACCUGUUGAUGGAGUCAUUGCUGCCCAGUGUUCCGUGCAGGUGAUUGCAGGUCAGUUCUUGUCUGACAAGAAAGUGGGCACCUAUGUGGAAGUAGAUAUGUAUGGGCUUCCAACUGACACUAUCAGACGGGAGUUCCGCACACGUAUGGUUCCAUACAAUGGACUAAAUCCAGUAUAUAAUGAGGAGGCAUUUUUCUUCAGGAAGGUUGUUCUUCCAGAUUUGGCUGUUCUAAGAUUUGGUGUUUAUGAGGAAAAUGGAAAGCUGCUUGGCCAGCGUAUUCUCCCACUGGAUGGCCUGCAGGCAGGCUAUAGACACAUUUCUCUGAGGACUGAGGCGAACUUUCCCAUGUCACUGCCCAUGUUGUUCUGCAAUAUUGAGCUGAAGAUAUAUGUGCCUGAUGGAUUUGAAGAUUUCAUGGCUGCUUUGUCAGAUCCCAGAGCAUUCAUUUCAGCCCAGGAGAAGAGAAAUCAACAGUUGAAAGCCAUGGGUAUAGAAGAGACAGACAUUAAAGAUCCGCUGUUGGGUGUCGAUGGGAAUUCUACAGCAGGGGCUGGAGGAAAGAAAGGCAGUAAGACAGGUGGUGCAAAAGGCGCCACUACAGGUACCAAGCUGGAGGAAGAGAAGAAAGAGGAUCUUAAGUUUGAUUCGAUCACUGCGGAAUCACUUAGAACAGAAAAAGGCUUCCAGAAGACGGCACGUAAGCAGCAAAAAGAAUUGGAUGCCACGAAGAAACGCCAGCUGAAGGAGCAAGUGGCCAUGCAGAAGCAACAGUGCACAGCCAUUGAGAAACUCAUCAAAGGAAAGAAUAAGAACGAGUUGGUGUCGGACCCGGCAGUCCGCAAACUGGUCGCAGAGCAGACAAUGCAGUGGAGUGACAUGGUCGAGCGUCAUCGCAAGGAAGAGUGGGAGUUGAUCAGGCAGCAUCUGACUGACCAGCAAGAAAUUUUGAAGAAGCUUAUGGAGGCUUCACAUGCUGCUCAAAUGAAACAGCUGGAAGCUAAGCAUGAUCGGGAGAUGAGGGAAAUGAAUUCUCGGCAAGCAAAGAUUUCUGUGGAGACGAUGAGGGAAGUAGCUAAUGACAAGACACUGAGGACAAAAGGAGACAAAGAUCGUCGACUGAAGGAGAAGAAACAGAACAAUACCAAGAAAUUCACAGAUGAACGCAGGUUUGCUCAAAAGAAGAAUGACAGAGAAAUAGAGAAGUUGAAGGCAAAACAUGACAAAGAAAUGGAAAAUCUUGUAAAGGAUGUGCAGAAUCAAAUUGAGAUGAACAACAACGAAGAACGAGAGUAUCAGCUUGCAGCCAAGAAGGAAUUUUUUGCUUGAACUCUUGAUACCAACAGAACCAGCCAAAACCUUGUCAUAUUUAUGUUAAGAGCUAUUUUAUGACUUGUAACAUUUAUAUAAUUCUAGUCAGAUUGAUAUUUUAUCACUCGCUCAGAGUGCUAUAAUUCAGCUGUGUAGUAAGGUAACAGCGCAUCUCAACUUCGAAGUCAUGUGAUAAACCAGUAAACGUAGGUCUCCGCGCUGUCAGAGGUAUGACGACUAUAGCUCACCAGUUUUUAAAUUAUUUGUUGAUCUGUAUGGUGAUAAUCGUGCAUUGUGUAAUUUUAUCUUAAAAAGUAGAACUAUUGUUACUUAUUAAUGUAUAUAUGUAUGCCAGCUACGAAGGGUACAAAAAGAUAAUGUAAAACCAAAUAUUGUUGUUAUAGAAUUGAUAAGGUAUCUGUCCCUAAUUGUUGAGAUAUGCAUACAUUUAAAUUAUGACAGAUAAAUAAGUAUGCAGAUCGACUAUAUUCUAAUGUUGGGUACAUAUGUUCACCCACGCCCAUUUACGUUACAUAUAAAAUUUCCAUUAAUGUCUAAAUUGCGGUAUGUUCUUGCCUAAAAAAUUAGAAUAGAAGUAAGUAUCUCGUUAUCAGCAUUGCAUAAUGUAUGCAGAUCAUAAUAGUCUUCUCAGAAUGAGCUGUUAUCUACAGUAGUAUUAUUUUCGUUAGUAAUGUACUUCUGACAAGUGCCAAAAAUUUAUAUAGGGAAAUUCUGGGAAUUAGUAUGUAAGUUUUCAAGAAUAAUAUACCCAAAAGUUAUACAUGAGUACAAAAAGAUCUGGUCUGUUUUUUCCAGACUUUCUAACCAAAGGGAAUUAAUAUUUAAUCAGUAAAAUGUUACCAAAUAUGAACAUGAGAUUUUACACAAGUAACGUACACACACGCAACUUAAAGACAGCCAAAGAGUAAACGGUGUGUGAAAUUAUAAAUUAAAGUGUAUGAAGUUUUGUGAGGUUGGCAUGAUGAAACAAGUUUGUGGUAUAUGCUGAAUCAUUGUGAUGCUUACCAUAUUACCAAUCCAAAACCUUUGCCGUAUUGUCUGUACUUUCGGCUUUAUUACCACAUCUUUAGUUAUAAUGUAUACUACCUGAUGGCCGUGGAACUUCCGCUCAGGAUGCAUUUUAGUUACAUGAACGUUUUGUACACACGGCUUUUUCUGUGUUGAAAUGGAUUCCAGAGCCAUCGUAUAGAAUAGUGUGGUAAAAGCCGGAUUGUACUCAAGUAACUGAAUAAUUUAUUCUUUACUUCAUUGAGUGAUUGAUUGAAAUUCUCCUCAUGUCUAAUAUCCGUGGCAUGAGAAUAUGUCGGGGAGGUGCAUGUAAGGCUACAUACAUGUUUUCUGCUUUGCUCUCGUAUCCAUGCGAGAGGAGGCCGCGUAUGCUGGCAAGGAGAAAAAUGUGUCCAUACUGGGUUCCAAAUCCCGAUCACUCGACGUGUAGGUAGUACCAUACUGAUUAAGCUAAUCUGGUUCAUUAACUGACUGAUUCUUUCAGGAUUUAUGAUUUGUUUUGAUGGUCGUUGGGUAAUACAGAUUAAGGAUGGAAAUAAUCUUCUAAGAUUGUUCCAGAACAAUUUUUCUCAUAAAAAGUGCUGGGUUUUUUUAUUGUACAGGACAAGUAAGCUAACUUAGUCCAAUUAUCUUUUACAGUGAAAUAAGUUGCUGUGUUAGAAUUGUCUUUGCAAGUUUUAGAAGCUUAUAUAUAUAUGCAUUUGUUUUGAAUUGAAAAAAAUUAACAUUUGCUUAUCUGAAAUCUGACAAAUGUGACAUUCCGUCGUAUAUACUGCGAUGUAAGCAUUUCAUACUUGAACUAAAAUUUAAGUUUGCCCCAUGGCCGACAGGCCCAUCGUGAUUAUUUGUGAAACAACUUAUUGAAUCUCUUGAAGUUGAUAAUGUACGAAAUUGUGAGCAGUCUGGCUAUAACGCUAUAAUGCAUGUGGUUCGGAGUUUGUUCUGAAAACUCUUGACCCUUGAACUGCACUUUCUUGCCCAUUGAAGAGCGUUGUAGUGACGAGUAUUUGUGUCAGCAUGUGCGCGCUCGUGUCGGAGCGAUCGAGCACAAGCGUGAUUAAAUGCGAACAUUCCGAGUUUCUAGUGAUGAAGGCUUCUGUUGCAUUUUGUUGUCUUGAUUACUGUCCAAUUUUAGAAAUAUUGACAGUUAUUAAGUAAAUGUAAAGUAUAUUCUAAAUAGCCUGAAGGGCUCAGAUAUCGUUUGUCUGCGUAGUGCUUAAUUUUAUCUGAAAGUUUUAUUUUACGUUACAGCCAAAGCGCUUGUCUGUACUAAUAAUACUUAGAAUAUUUGUUAAUGCAUUAUAUCUCUCCGACUACAACAGUCAGGAACCAAGUAUUGUAAUGCCCCAUUGAAGAAACAUUUUUUGUGUAAUGAUUGUAGAAAAUUUAUUGAAUAUUUUUUGUAGUACAGGAAACAGCCUUGAGUAUAUUAAACAUUUUCCGUGCAGUAAUUUAUCUGUACUUAGAUUAAUGUACUGAUAAAAAAUGUCAUAGCUACCAAGUUCUUGUUGUUAAGUCGAAGGAUGCGUUUAAUUGGAAUUCCUAAUUUUCAGUAAAGACAUUUUUAGUGGUGGCUUCUAAUAGAGUAAUUAAUAGAAUUGAACAUGUGUGAAUGUAAGUUGUAGCCCCCCCUCCCCUCCCCCAGAGGCAUUCAGAAGGAAAAUGGUGCAAUAUAUUAUAGAAAACACGGUAUGCAUGGCUUUACUAGUUGAAUGAUUCCUCCGUACUUUGUUUAUAAAUGGCUGCAUAAAAGGAGAAGCAAUUUUAUGGAAACUUUGAAUACCUCAUUGAAAACAAGGAGACGGUGGAGCAGAUGGUCUAUUUAUCACUGUUGCCAAUUCUUUGAGCUGGAAAAUAUUUUGGUGUUACCAGUACCUUACUAUUUUUGUUGUAAUAACUUCUGCGCAGACAAAAAUAUAGAUGGAGCGCAAGAGUGACAGUGGAUUUCGCUCGCGACUCUCGAGCAGAUCGAGCGGGAAUAUUUUGCAGUUUACCCUUCGGACUCCGAAAUGGGUUCAUUUAUGUUACAUGUACUUAAACAUGAUAAUUACUUUGGAUCUGUCAUAAGCUUUCCAAAGGGUAAUGUUUCCAAAAUGUAAUUGUUUGGAAAAACUUUAGGUGAUGGAUGACACACGAUCAUUAAAAGCAUUUAGAUUAUGUGUGCUUGUUACAGAGUAGUGAAAUUAAGUGACCUUGAAACGUGUCUUCAGUAAUUAAUAGUGUGAUAGGAAAAUCUGAAGGUUCAAUACCACUCUCUUAAAACCUGCCUUUGGGCAUGACCUUGAGCCAGUUUUAUCCAUUUCCCAUUUUCAUGAAAUAUUUCUCAGAGAGUCAGAUUAAUGUUAUCCUUCCAUCUUCUGAGUGGUCGUUAUCUGAGCUUUUCACAUCAAAAUUCUGUAUCAAAAGUCCUUAUUGCAUAAUGUUUAACUGCGUACUUCAUUCUUUUAAGUCAAAAUAUGUUCAUUAGCCAUUUGAUUUCAAACAUUUGUAAUUUAUGUCCUCUUGAAGUGAAGCCAUGUUUUAUUCCUAUUAAAAAUACAGGAUCGUGACUACAUUGAAACAGUUGGGUCUUAAUACGCAGUCACUUCUCCGCUUUAUUUCCUCGUUUAUUUACCAGAUACAGAAAGAAUGCAUCACUGACGGUGUGAGCCUGUACCAUGUCUUGAUUAGUGUAGUCAAGAGUUGUUUCUAGUUCUGUUUAGAAUAAAUACCACUAGAUGUCUUUCAGAACCUGUAAAAAAAAUUCACACUUCUUGGAGAUGAAAGAUUUUUUCUCUUUCUUUUGUGUUGUAUUUAAUUAUGUAGUGAAUGAAUUCCGGUAACUUAUUCCAAAGUAAAGGUAUUUUGGUUGUUUGGGGGUGUACAUUCUUUUCAACAAACAUAGUUGUUACAAUAUCCCAAAAUGUCAUGAAAAAUAUUCAAGAUAUGUGUGUGAGAAAUGUUAAGAUGUUAUUGGAAAAGUUUGUAACCAAAAUAACGGAUUUGUACAGGGUUUUAUCAGUCAGUGUUUUACCUUUUUUUGUUCUGAAAUGCGGUUAGUAGUGAACAGAUUCCUGGUAUGUGCAUUUGUUUACAUGUCAUUAAAUGGACGCAGAAUAAAUGCUUAAAAUAUGC